CCAUUACUCUGCUACAUGACGUAAAGACCAGAGUCCGAUCAUCCGCCAUAUUCUCAAUAUUGCUUGAUUUAUAUCCUUAUUUUUUACGACCAUGUCUGGCAGAGGGAAAACCGGAGGCAAAGCCCGAGCAAAAGCCAAGUCCCGUUCGUCCCGGGCCGGGCUCCAGUUCCCGGUGGGCCGUGUGCACAGGCUACUGCGCAAGGGCAACUAUGCGGAGCGGGUGGGUGCCGGGGCUCCGGUGUACCUGGCAGCCGUGCUGGAGUAUCUGACCGCUGAAAUCCUUGAGCUGGCUGGCAAUGCCGCCAGGGACAACAAGAAGACCAGGAUUAUCCCCCGGCACCUCCAGCUGGCCGUCCGUAACGACGAGGAGCUCAACAAGCUGCUAGGCGGAGUGACCAUCGCCCAGGGAGGGGUGCUGCCCAACAUCCAGGCCGUCCUCCUGCCCAAGAAGACGGAGAAACCGGCCAAGAGCAAGUAAGAGACUCCCCUCCAGCCCUGGAUACAGUCACAACGAGAAGGGCUCGAACCGGAGCCAGCUACUUUUUCAUAUCGAUAUCUUUCUUCUUUUUUUUUUUUUUUUUUGGAUAAGCAACCUUUUAAAAUACGGGACAGUGCUUGGUGUUGCUGUUUCUACAGCGAAAAACACUCAGUUUCAAAUUAUCGGGACAAUUAUUAGACUGUUCACUCACCACUGUUGUUAUACCAGAAUCUGGAAAAUGGAGGCGCGUUUGUGAAGCCUGGGGAUGGCGAAGGCCGAGAAGAAAAAAAAAAAAAUUCAAUACAUGUUAUGGACCAAUUCUGGUGGAGGGGAGGGAGGGAAGGGGGUCUUUUUUUCCUUUUCAUUUCGUAGUGCUGCUACAAAACGUGCUCAAUUUGUGUAAUGUCAUGUUUCAAUAAAUGUUCUGUACUGGUACAGGGCAAACACA